AUGGACACUGCAAGUCGUGUCGAACUGCCUGAUGGUCACCUCGUGAAUCUUUCACCACGACCCCAACGCAAAAGCCCAUACCGAGCCUAUCGAGGCGAAUACCAUCCAACGACAACGGAGCCGUCAACAACGCCGCCGCCUCACGUCACUCAUUCUGUAAGAACUCCAGAAUACGCUGAAUCGAGAGACCCAUCUGGAAAAAUGUUCCAGCGGGCGAAGCAAACCAAGCUUCCCGUCCCUAGGACCUGGGCAGAGAAAAACAAGGAUGGGCGGCGUGAGACGCCGAGCCCAACUGGGAUCCCCAAGCCGGCACCCCUAGGCGGCUCGUCGGCGUCCUCAGGAGACCAGUCCAAAAACCGGGACCAGUACUGGCGAAAGCUGCGAGACAAGUUCGAAAAGGAAUCACCCUUGUCCAACAAGUUCAGAAACAAGGACAAAGACAACGAGCACGAGAAGACCGAUCUACCGAGCUAUGGAUCAGCAUGGCACCAGACCAGAUAUACCGCGCGUACGACUCGCGAGGAUCAGAUGCACACCCGGGGGCCAGUCAUCGGACCGGAAUCUCGAGCCCCAGUGCCAACAACAGCAGUCCUGCAUACAGCUCACGCACUGAUGGCUUUUGUCCUGGAGAAAUCGGAGAAGACGGACACGACUACAGACUCGAGUCCAUAUUCGCACCCGUCCGUCUCCCCGGUGUCUGCCGAUGAUAGUUCCAUGACCGAAUGGGAGGACAGAUUCGUCGUCAAUAUGCCAACAGCCAAAGAUCCCAACCCGCCCACAAUGACUGCACAGCAAAUAGCCGAGUACCAGCAAAGUAUUGAGCGAGUGCACCAACGAGGUGGUGACAUGUUGGACCCCGAGGCAAAUCCCAGCCCACGAAACGUGACCCCUGAAGGAAAAACGAGUCCUUCGCCGCAGGAAUAUCAAAAGCCAGAGCAUUUCCAAGCCUACGAUGGGCAUCCCAUACCGUCCCAGCCGCAGGCACCUCCACAGCCCGCAGCGACUCAACCGCAGGGCGCACGCCACUACUAUAGCCCGGACGAGAUUGGGCAAAGCCGGAUUAGCACCAUCUGGGAGGAGUCUCCUGCCAAUAAAGGCAGAGAAAAGCGAUAUACGAACAUGGAUGGUUCUUUUUUAGGGUGCAAGGAAAUCAACGGCUCCAGCGAGAAGAAACCCGACGAGAAAAACCCAGACGAGAUUCUUCUGUUCUCGUCAACCGAAGAUGUCUCCAAUUUGCAACCUCGUCCACUAGCUCCAGCCUCCAAAGCCAAGCAGAAGGAGAAGAAGGCCAGCGCAUAUCAGACGGCGACGACCACAGAACAGCAGACCGCUCUGCAAGAAGACAGGCUACAAACUUCUCAGAAUUUGAAGCAUGUCCAAUGCUCGAAGCAGUCAACGAUGAUGUGCCAGGAUCUCAAAUGCCCGCAACCCGCAACGAGGAACGAACUCCAGGACCAGUGCAAGGAGAAUUCCCGCCCUACAGCCAGCUCACCAAACCCACCCGAAAAACUGGAAGACGGCCGCGGAGAAGACGAUGUGUUCAUUAUCACACCCACUAUCACGCGCACUAUGAUUCCCACGCCAGAAUCCAAGGCUUCCGCGCCAAAGCCGCAAGGCUUGCGGCGUCCUGGUGGCACUUCCCCCUCCGGUACCGCCGAAGCCAUCAAGGCCGUUCGCACGAAGGCUCAGAUGGUCUCUACACCGUCCGGGUUACGACCCGCGACAGGAGCCGCGAACGAGAAAUCGACCACGCCCUCGCUGCCAUCCUCCAAAACGUCGCAGCUCAGCAGCAUCCCCACGGCGAAAGACAAACCCGAGCCAGAGCGAUCCAGCGCCCAAGUGCCGAAUUCUAUCCGUGGGUUCAUCCGUACUUCCGGGCUGGCAAGAUCCAGCGGGAUCGUGAGAUCCCCCACCGAUAGCCUCGCCACGAUCCUCCGUAAUGGGACGGAGUCCUUGCGGAACCGGGCUGAGUCCCUGCGCACUGGCAAUGGGUCUCUCAACCGCCAGGACCGAAAGGUGUCGCCAAUUUCCCCAGCAACAGUGCCCUCUCGGGACAAUUCUGAAUCAUCCCGGUCCGACAAAUCAUUUCAGUCUGCAAAUGAGACUGCAUCGGUCUCAUCCAAGCCGUCGUCCAAGCCACCAUCAUCCAAAUCGCCACCCUCCAAACCGGCCCAAUCCAAGCCAGCUUCCUCAGAAAAAUCGUUAUCACGAAAAAAGGAGCUCAAGUUGCAACCACCGGUCCGUGCCACUAAAGUGGUUGAAAUCGCCGAGUUAGAUGGCCAACAGGUAGCGAGUCCUAAGGAAGAACAGCCCCUCCAGUCGAACAUCACGGACGUCGGCGCAGACCCGCACGAGUUGCACUCGCAGGAAGCCGAGGAAUCGGAGAAAGACAGCGUGAAUCCCCUGGCCCUUUCGGCCAUGCUCGAGAUGCUCGUCGUCGCCGUGUCGCACAUGCACCAACGCGGCCGCCAGUGGACGCAUAGUCCUUACACAAAGUUUGUGCUGAGCAACGUAUUGAACAUGACGCGCCAUUGCUACCGUACCUUUCGCGUGAUUUACUCUGCCAUCUCGCGGUACCAGGCCACGGGAUCCUGGCCCAAGGCUCGCAACGACCAAGCCAUCAGCCGCUUUCUAGUUGAAUUCCUGCAGGCAGUUGUGUAUCUCGUCAUUUUGGGAUUUGGAGCCCUUGUCGUCAGCCGCGCUACAAGCUAUGUGGUUCUUGUUGGCAGUUGGCUCUUCUGGUUCGCUAGGCCCUUUGCUUGGGCUUUUCAGUGCGUCGGCCGGGCUCUGUUCACUUGA